AUGUUAGCAAAAACCCCCGAGCAAGCCCGGACGGAUUACUGGAAAUUAACCAUAGGCCAUAUUGAAGAUGAUCAAAUCUCACCAGCAGAACACCUCUCUGCAGGACAUGACCUCGAUUGGCCAGCAUGGAUAACACUCAACCGACUACGAACGGGGAGAGAGAUCAAAAGACAAUCUAAAGAAGUGGGGCGUAAUAUAAGAAUGUGA